UGAAACGUCGACUGCACCUCUUCCUAGAGAUGCUGCCUGGCCUGCUGCGUUCACCAGCAACUUUGAUGUGUGUUGGAGAAGGAUGCUUGUGUGAGAAUGCUGCUCUUGGACUACAGUUUAGCACUCAACACCAUAAUUCCCUCCAGGCUCAACAAGAAGCUCAGAGACCUUGGCUUUCACCCUGCCUUUUGUUGCUGGAUCCUGGACAUCCUGUCAAAUCGCUGGCAGGUGGUAAGAAUGGGUUCCCUCACCUGUGCACCUCUGACCCUCAACGUAGGUGCCCCUCAGGGCUGUGUACUAAGCCCCUUACUUUACUCUCUGUAUACCCUUGACUGUGUCACCACCCACAGCUCCAAUCUGGUAAUUAAAUUUGCUGAUGACACCAUUGAUUGGCCUAGUCUCAAAUAAUAAUGAGGCAGCCUACAGAGAAGAAGUCAUCACCCUGACACAGUGGUGUCAAGAAAACAACCUCCCCCUCAAUGUUGCAAAAACAAAGGAGUUGGUUGUGGACUACAGGAGAAUCUGGAGUUGAGAGGGUGAGCAGCUUUAAGUUCCUUACUAUACAAUCACCAAGGAUCUCACAUGGUGAGUACAUACUGGCUGUGUGAUGAAACAACAGUGCCUCUUUCACCUCAGAUGGUUGAAGAAGUUUGGUAUAGACCCCCAAAUCCUUUCUACAGGGCCACAAUUGAGAGCAUCCUGACUGGCCAUAUCACUACCUGGUAUGGGAACUGUACCUCCCUUAAUUGCAGGACUCUGCAGAGAGUGGUGUGGAUAGCCCAGCACGUCAGUAGUUGUGAACUUCCCAUGAUUCAGGACAUUUACAAAGACAGGUGUGUAAAAGGGGCCCAAAGGAUCAUUGGGGACCUGAGUCACCCCAACCACAAACUGCUCCAGCUGCUACCAUCUGGGAAACUAUACCGCAGCAUAAAAGCCAAGACCAACAGGCUCCAGGACAGCUUCUUCCACAAGGACUUUGACCUCUGAUUCUCUGAGGAUUUCCCAGCUGAACUGUGGGUUCUUCGAAUGGAAAUCUAUAGUAGUUGACACCAUGGCCCAGAUAUCCAGCAGAAAUGGGUUCAAGCAGUCUGCCUCUUCGUCAGUGGGCCAUUCUGGGAAGCGAGCUGUUGGCAAAGAAGAAGCCCUACAAAUGGAAGCCGAGGCCUUGGCGAAGUUGCAGAAGGAUAGACUUCAGAGCCUAAAGGAAGAACAUGCAGUGAAGUCUGCCAGCAGUGCUUGCUCUAAGUCACCAAAUGCCAAGCAGGAGUAUGAUCUCAUUCACUUUCCAGAGGCAGAAAACUCAAACAAACAAGCUGCUAGCCUGUCUGAUCAGGACAUCAAGAAACUAACUUCAGCUGAACUAGAAAAAUUGCUGUUGGACAAAAACUUUGGCCCUAAAAAUAUAACCCGCCCACACACUUUACCAAAUACUCCCCUUGUGAGUCCGUCAUUCUCUAGCCAAUUUUACAAUCGGGCACCUUUCUCUGGGAGUCAAUGGACAGGUGGGUUACAGAGGCCUGUAAUCCAAACGACUGGUUACCAUGCAACAUCUGUGACAUUCCCUAAGCCACCUGAUCUAUUUCAGAAUGGCUUUUGUCCUGGACAGUCUUCAUACCGUCCUUCAGAACCUUUGUAUCUUGGCCUUCAUACAAAGCCGUACAUGCCCUUCCCACUCCAGCCUGCUACACCUGUCCACCCUGCAGGUGGUGUACCUGUUUAUUCACCCGUCACACCUGAGCUUGCAAAAUUAUAUGAUAAAAUAGCCAGCACAUCAGAGUACCUGAGAAACAGCAAGUCGAACAGUGAUUUGGAAUCUGCCAGCACGAUGAUGCCUAAGCUGCCAGAUGGGGAAAACGCGAACAAUGCCAGCAAAUUUGAUUGGUUGGAUCUCGACCCGCUCAGCAAAGCAAAGAUUGACAACAUUGAGCUCUUAGAAAAUGCAGAAGAGGCUGAGGAGAAGGUCGAUAUGGGGGCUGCAGCUGGGGAUCCUUGGGAGCAAGUGUUGCAAAAGCAGACUCCGUCAGAAAGCUUCCAGCCCAUUGUCAACAUCGAAGAGGCAUCGGUUAGGCAGUCAACUGGAAAAUCAAGAUCUGGACCUUCAGUUACGCGUAGUUUGUCCCUUAACCUGCGGUCCACAAGUUCAAAAUUUUCCCACAGAGUACAAGAACUAAACACCAACACGUUACAGGAUGAAAAAGGGACCAGUAAUGAUCUUUCAGGAGGAAGAUUUCUUGAACAAAUCAGUUCACAAAAUGGGGAAGUGGCAGCUUUUUGGCAGGAGAUUAUUAGACUACGGUCCACAUUUCCAUUUACUGACCACUCCACGAAUCCAGGUUAUGUUUUGAGUCCGGUAAUGCUUCACCGCGACAUGAACGGAGAAAAUGCAAGUGUGAAAGUCUCCAUAGAAAUUGAAGAAUUUCAACAGCCAGUUACAUUCACCUGUGAUGUAAGCUCUCAUGUGGAGCUUAUUAUAAUGCAGGCUCUGUGCUGGGCGCAUGAUGACCUAAAUAAGGUUGACAUUGGUAGCUACAUAUUGAAAGUCUGUGGACAGGAGGAAGUCCUACAAAAUAAACACUGCUUAGGAAGCCACGAGUACAUUCAGAACUGCCGAAAAUGUGACACUGAAAUCAAGCUGCAGCUAUUAAGCCACAAUACAGUAUGCAGAGCUCUGGCCCGAACGGCAGAAGAUGAUGAGAUGCCUACAGAUUUUACAAAGUAUCUCUAUCAGUUGGAAAAGCCCUUCAAAGAAAUUACGACAAGGCAACGUCUUGCUGAACUCCUGGAAGUCUAUCAUAAGAGGGAAAAAGCAAUCCUUCAAAAUGAAGGAAAGCAGUACAGAAUGGUGGAACAGAUUAUUCAGUCUGUGAAGGACAUUUGCAGUGCAUUGGAUGGUACGGAGACCAAGGCAGUCACUGAUGCUGUGAAGAAAUUAAAACGGGUUGUUAAUCUACCGAAAAGUAAAACUGCUGAGGUUAUAUCAAAAGAGACUGGUGAUUCAACAAAUGUUGCAAAAAAUGGAUCUUCACGUGCAGUAAGUCCUCUGAAGGCAAGCAUCCAUGACCUAACGCGGGCUGUCUAUGACCUACUACAGCUCUACUUGAGUUCUUUUAGCAUCAGCCCGGGUGCCACUGAGGAUCUGCCACAGAGUACUAAGUGCACAAAGGAAGCUCGGACCACGUCAGAACACUUGCAGUUCACACUGUUUGCAGCGCAUAGGAUUCCAGGGACUUGGGUCAGCAGUUUUGAGAAAUACUUUUUGAUGUGUUCAUUGACUCACAAUGGAAAGGAUCUAUUUAAACCGGUGCAAUCCAAGAAGGUCGGGACAUAUCGCAAUUUUUUCUAUCAUAUCAAAUGGGAUGAACUAAUCAGUUUUCCUGUUCAGAUUUCACAAUUGGCCCUUGAAACAAUGCUACGCCUCAAUUUGUAUGGAGUUCCAAAUCCCUCAGCAGCUGGAUCGCCGGAUUCUAACAAACAAAGGAAGGGACCAGAGUACCUCGGUCGAGUCUCUGUGCCUCUCUUUGACUUUAAUCGUGUGUUAACAAGUGGAAGAAAACUACUUGGUCUCUGGAUAUCAGAGUCUGUGAAUCCAGGUGGUACGACUAUCAAUAAAAAGGGGAGCUCAAUGGAGAGAGUUGUGUUGCAGGUGGAUUUUCCAUCAUUUGCAUUUGACAUUCUCUACUAUCCUCCAGAAUCCAGCCGAAUGACUGAGUUCGGGUUUGAAACACUCGAUCAAGGUUUCCAGAAACAGCUUCUUGACGUGUUUGCUAAGGAUUUGACAUUUGAACUGUCCAAGGCAGAUAAAGAGCUUUUGUGGGAUAAGAGGCAGUAUUGCUUUUCCCACAUUAAUAGCCUUCCCAAGAUACUUGCUAGUGCACCAAGUUGGGACUGGGAUGCUCUACCAGAAAUCUACUCUCUUCUCCAACAAUGGACACCACUCCCUCCCAUCUCUGCUCUGGAGUUACUGGAUUCCAAGUUUGCAGAUAAAGAAGUGAGAAGUACAGCAGUGAAUUGGAUUGAACAAAUGACUGAUGAUGAACUGGUAGAUUAUCUGCCUCAGUUUGUAGAGGCCGUGAAGCAUGAGUGUUACCUGGAUAAUGCAUUGGUGAAAUUCCUUUUAUCUCGAGCCCUGGGGAAUGUUUGUGUAGCACACCACUUAUACUGGCUGCUGAAUAAUGCACUUCAUGAUCCUUAUUUUGGGGUGCGUUAUGAACUCCUAUUGGGUGCCCUACUCUGUAUCUGUGGGAAGGGCUUAAGAGAAGAAUUCGAAAUGCAAACAAGGCUGGUACGGAAACUGGGAGUGGUAGCAGAGAAGGUUCGCCAAGCCAGUGGAUCAGCAAGACAGGCUGUCCUUCAGGAAGGCAUGGACCGUGUACAGACAUUCUUCAAAAAUAAGUGUCGAUUGCCUCUCAAUCCAAGCCUAGUAGCAAAAGAAUUAAAUGUUAAGGCUUGUUCCUUCUUCAACUCCAAUGCUGUUCCAUUGAAGUUAACACUGGUGAAUGCUGAUCCGCUGGGGGAUGAAAUCAAUGUUAUGUUUAAGAUUGGGGAAGAUUUGCGACAAGACAUGCUGGCACUGCAGAUGAUCAAAAUAAUGGACAAAAUCUGGCUUCAGGAGGGAUUGGACUUGCGCAUGGUCAUUUUUAAAUGUAUUUCCACAGGGAAGGAUAGAGGUAUGGUUGAACUUGUACCAGCUUCAGAAACUCUGAGAAAAAUCCAAGUUGAGUAUGGAGUAACGGGCUCCUUUAAGGAUAAACCUCUAGCUGAGUGGCUCAGGAAGUACAACUCCACAGAGGAAGAAUAUGAGAAGGCAUCGGAAAACUUCAUCUAUUCAUGUGCAGGAUGCUGUGUUGCUACCUAUGUGCUGGGGAUAUGUGAUCGCCACAAUGACAACAUCAUGCUCAGGUCAACUGGCCACAUGUUCCAUAUCGAUUUUGGCAAAUUUCUUGGACAUGCGCAGAUGUUUGGAAGUUUUAAAAGAGAUCGAGCUCCUUUCGUGCUGACCUCUGACAUGGCUUAUGUAAUUAAUGGUGGGGAGAAGCCAACCAGCCGAUUCCAAUUGUUUGUGGAUUUGUGCUGUCAGUCGUAUAAUCUCAUCCGCAAGCAUGCCAACCACUUCCUGAAUCUCCUGUCACUGAUGUUGUCUGCAGGAUUACCUGAGGUCACCAACAUACAAGACUUGAAAUAUGUCGAAGAUGCUCUGCAGCCCCAGACCACUGACGCUGAAGCCACCAUCUUUUUCACCAGGUUGAUAGAAUCCAGCCUGGGCAGUGUGGCAACCAAGUUUAACUUCCUCAUUCACAACCUGGCACAGCUACGGUUUUCAGGGUUACCAUCCAAUGAGCAAGCCAUCCUUUCAUUCUCGCCAAAAACCUAUUCUCUCAAACAAGACGGGCGAAUCAAAGAAGUGACCAUUUACACCUACCAGAAGAGGUACAACCCUGACAAAUACUAUAUAUAUGUGGUGAGGAUAUUGCGGGAAGGACAGAUUGCACCAAUGUUUGUCUUCAGAACAUUUGAUGAAUUCCAAGAGCUCCACAACAAACUAGGCAUCCUCUUCCCCCUGUGGAAGCUUCCAGGCUUCCCUAACAAAGUGGUCCUUGGCCGAACUCACAUUAAGGAUGUGGCCUCCAAGCGGAAGGUGGAGCUGAACAAUUACGUACAAUGUCUGAUGAAUAGCUCGACUGAAGUAACUGAGUGUGAUCUCGUUUACACCUUUUUCCAUCCACUAGGCCGAGAUGAAAAAGCUGAAGGAGUAGAUGGACUAGUCAAGCCCACAGAAAUAGUUUCACCAUCUGCCAAUUCAGGUCAAGUAGGUGGAGAGGUUAAACUGUCCAUUUCAUACAGGAACAGUACACUAUUCAUCAUGGUAAUGCACAUACGGGACCUGGUGACUGAGGAUGGAGCAGAUCCAAAUCCUUAUGUAAAAACAUAUUUGCUUCCUGAUCCACAUAAAAUAACCAAGCACAAGACAAAGGUAUCAAGGAAGACACGAAACCCAACCUACAAUGAAAUGUUGGUGUAUAGUGGAUACAGUAAAGAAUCACUCAAACAGAGGGAGUUGCAACUGAGUGUGUUGAGUGCUGAGUCAUUACGGGAAAAUGUUUACCUUGGUGGCAUUACGUUAACUCUGAAGGAAUUUGACUUAAGCAAGGAAACCAUUAACUGGUACAAAUUGACUGCUGCAUCCAGUGGGUAACUCCCUACCACAUCUUGCACAAAGUAUGUGAAAAGUGGAACAAUUUGCAAAGAGAAACCCAACCAGACUCCUGCAAUUUACUUGAAAGAAGACUUUAACUGUGGAUAAACAGCAAUUCCAGCUGAUGCACAUUGCCAAUGGACCAAUCAGUUUGACGAAAUCACAAAGAGUUGCAUGCACUUAAUGUCACCUUCAUUCUAUAUCUUCUCUUAAUUUCUCUGAUUAAAGAAUGGUGGGAAAUCAAGUGUGCCAAAAGAAACUGUUGAAGAACUUCACUAUUUGCAGCGCAAAACAUCACCUUUCUUUACUAUGCCUCCAAACUCGCAAUUAAAUUCAAGGUGCUAAAUUCAGUGGCUAACUCAGACACAUUAUAUUUCCCAGGGAGCGGCACAAGAAAGAUCAGGCACAAGGCAAUUAAUUGCCCCAACUUCAACUCACUGGGCUGCUUCUAAUGGAACUAAAUAAAAAGAUACAAGUUUUACUGCCUCAAGGAUUGUAAAAAUACAGAUGGAAUAUAGCUUUAUGCAGGAGAUCUUUCAUCUGUGGUAUGUGACCUCUUUUCUAUGAUUAAUGCCAUUGGAGAAGAUCCAGGACUAAUCACCCCACAGGCAGACAUAAUAAAUAAAGAAAAUGAGUGCAUCGAAAGGCUUGCUCAAGCAUUAAGUCUCUCAGAUGUGGUCAUUAAAUAACAAUUGUGUGAAAGGUGAAUCUGCAGUGAAGCUGAACAGUGAAUGCCAAAGGAGGAAAUUAUGAAUUUACUUGUAGAUCCUUUACUAUUCUACUUGGGUCCAAAAUCUGAGUUAAGAGAAUUUGUGAGUUUGCAGUCACAUAAAUAAGUAUUGCUAAUAGCAAAAUUCAAGAGAUUUCAACUACUAGAUGAUAUGUUGAUUUCUUGGAUGUAUUUUCUCUAUUGCUUUACUGUUACAGUACUAAACUUGCAUGCAUAAAAAUAAGUUGUAAAAUUGAAAAGGCACAUCAAAUAUGCAAGUGGGUUUCACCUGUGGUUAUAUAUUUUUUGUUGCUGUAAUUCUUGCAAAAAAAAGCACCAUGAGUAGCAAUUUUAUAAGAUAUAGCUUACUUUCUAACACACCUCCGUUGCUUCACUAAUAUUCUGGGGUUAAAAUUAAUAUGAUGCCAGAGAAAAAAAUUCCUAAAGGAUGACAAGCCACUUAAGGAAGUGCAAUGGAAAUGAUAAAGGAAAAUGCUUUUCUGAGAAGUGUGCCUAUGGUUGUUUCCAAGAUUUGGUGAAAAUACAAAAAAAUUUGGAGAAGGUGUGCUAACGCAUUUGACUACACCUUUUCUUUAAGCAUUUGCCCCUCGGCAAUGCCAUGCACACGAUCCUCAGUUCAUGUACCACUGGUUUGUCUUCCUAGGCAAAUUUUUUGCUAUUACCUUGUGUGCAAGAUUUGGCAUUUAACUAUGGAAAUGUGGAAUUGUUCAAGGCAAUAAAAUGGAAGGUUGUUGUAUUUCCUUAAUUCACCUCAUCUUCUCUCACAGCAGUCAAAACUGACAGACUUGACAUUUGCCCCAGCCUGUAAAUAGUUCUGCAGAAGCCCACAGUUGCUGCAGACUUUCAGUUGCCUCUGCAACCAUGGGUACCUCUGAAUGAUGGAUUUGCACAAACUGACCAAGUAGUAUUUUGUCUCUUUAGAAUGUCUUGCCGACAGUGUUUUUGGACUGAAUCAAGAGCAGAAUAAUUUAGUUAAAUACUUCAGCUGUUCUAAUCUUAAGAGGAUUACAGCUGUUUUGAUUAUUUCCCCCUUCCUCUAUCCAACUAUUGAUUAGGUUGCACCAGACAAAUGUCAUGUGUCUGUUGCCUAUUUAUUUAAUAGUUUGCCCCUAACGAACCAAAUUCAGAGCUGCAAUGUGGCAAAUUUCAGUUUCAAAUAUGUUACCAUCACCUUGGGCUUUCAAGUUUGUUUUUUAAAUUAUUGCAUAUAUUCCACUGAAAAUACACUACUUUCAACUUCAAGAGAGCAGAGAUUACAAAUGCAAGUUUAGAUUGAUCUUCUGGUAAGAUUCAGACAAAAAUAUUAGCCCUGAACAGGAGAAACAAAUGGUGUAUCAUUUCUACAUUGCACCUUUUUUCUUAGAAGAAUAUCAUUUUUGUGCCUUGCUCAACCUUUGUAGCUGAGUGCAUGCACAUUAAUUACUUUUGUAUGGUGAAAAUUAAAUUCAGCUGCUUACGUCUAUUUUACUGUAAAUAAAUUUGUCCUUGAUAUUUUAAAUCUUCACCCUUAAUGAAGAUGAAUAAAUAACCAUUAAAAUUAAUAGCUGACUAUUCAUUAUUUCCCAAGUUGAUGAUAGUUUCAUUUGGCUGGUAUCAACAGAACGUCCUUCACAGUAGCUGAAUGGGGGAACUAAAACAUUAAUUUUCACUACAGUAGGUUAAAUUUAGGAUUCUUUGAGAAAAGCUAAAUUUAAGCAUUAAAUGGUAAUAAUCUGCCUUUAUGUAUCAUGUAGUAUCACUGAAUAGUUGCAGAGAUUCUGAUAAAUCUUUGCAAAAAAAUUAUCAAACGGGAGAUAGUGAAAUUCUGCACAUGACUUUAGGGGCAGGAGGUCCCACUGAUUUGGUAAUUUGACAUUUCAUUUUGCCACUGUUGGAUGCUACACUGUAUUAAUUGCAACUGUAGCUAAACAAAAAUCAUGGGGUACAAAAUUGUUGCCUUGACUGAUCUGCAUCACCAUUAGAUCUAAGAACCAAGUGUAUGUUUUGAUCAUGUUUUUUUUCUUUGAGUAAAGAUGUACAGUAUUUCUAUCCAAAUCCUGUCCGCAUCCAAGUGGACAAAAUGUGACUCCAUAACUGUUAAAUAUAUAUCUUGUUUUUAAUAAAGUCAUUUUCAAAACUCACAA